AUGGAUCAGGAAAUAAUACGUUCACUGAAAGGUAAUUUUAGAAAGAACCUUGUUCUGAAAAUGAAUCAUUGUAUAUUGCAACGUAGUACCAUUCGAAGUUGUUUUAGACAUUCAGGAUUGAUUAAAAACCACGACCAUUCACAAUUUCAAAUUUUAGAAAAUCAAUUUGAUGUUGUGCCUUUAUCUUUGUGGUCAAGUUACCGAAAUGUAGAUUCAGCAAAAGCACCAGAGAUAUGGGAAGAAUAUGUUGAUAUCGUUAACGCUCUUAUCACAUGUGAAGAACCUACCUAUGAAAAUAUCGUACAGAAUAUUAAUGCCAUAGAACAAUUUGGAAGUGAAUAA